AAAACAUCCAGAGAGGAGCAGCGCGUUAGUUAGGGUUUGUUCCCGUCGCUCCUCUAACCUCCUCCAAGCUCCUCUAACCUCCUAUCGUUUCAAAAAAUCGUUCCCGUCGCUCCUCCAAGCUCCUCCAAGCUCAUCUUGAUUUCACAUCUCACCACCACUAUUUGCCUCCUCCCUCAUCCCAAACGAAAGUUGGUUUUUUGGAGGAGGCUCUUGCGUAGACAUAUUUGGCGCACGUAAUAUAAAUGUGAAUUGUUUAUAAAUGAGAUUUGAGGGAAGUGGAAAUGAUUUUAGUGAUUCAUGACGAUUGGAUAUCUUUAAAUAGUAAUGUUUGAUAUUAAUCUAAGGUUAUUUUAUUAGAAAGCGAUUAUUAUCUCUUGAUUUAUGUUUGCGCGCCAUAAAUCGCCAACCGUUACAGCCCGCAAACAGCUGAUUUCCUCGCGAAAAUGUUCCCGUGGCUCCUCUGAAACGGCUCUCCUCCAAGCUCAUCCAACCUCAUCCGAGAUUUUUUGGGAGGAGCGACGGGAACAGACCCUAGAGAAGGAUAAGACAAGUCACAGUAUCAACAUUUUGUGAGAUCCCCUGGCAUCUGUAAUGGAUGAUUUGAACAAAGCAAGACAUGAACUGGAGGCUGCCCUAGGUGAAGAAGGAACUAAGCAGUACUUCAAUAAUCUCAAACUAUGGUUCAAAGUUAAGAUAUCCAAGGAGGAAUUUGACACCAAAUCAAGAUGGCUCUUCCCAUCUGGCCAGGUCCAUCUACACAACAACUUCCUUCUGGCACUUCUCAACAAGUGCAAUCUGGGCGACGUGCCCGCCGAGGACACCAGUACGUCCUCCUCUGCCCAGAUCAGGGAGAAGGUGGCGCUCAUCAAGAACCAGACGCGAACCUUCGGCAGGAAACGCAAGCGACGACCGCCGUCACCGUUCUCGCACCGUUACGAGCCGGCGGAUCCGGCGCAGGCGGUCCCUCCGCCGGUGCGUGCCACCCCGCCUCCGGAGCUGCCGCCCGCCGCCGCGGACGGCUCACUGCUGAUCGAACGACGACGCCAGCUGCCCGACCGGCGACUGGUGCACGGCAGGAUGUAUCUGGCCGCCUGGCAGGCCGGUCUAGACUCGGUGGCGGACAAUGCUGUGGAUGUUGUCAUGCUGGCAGUGCAGCAAUGUCUGAAGAACGUGCUCACCUCCGUCCUGAGCCGUAAGAGCGGCUACCGACUGAGGAACGGGCGGUUCCUGUACGGCAUUGGCACCGGCGCGCCCAACCCAUACCUGAGGAACACCGCCAGCCUACCGCCGCCGCCUGACGGGUCACAGCCGGCGGCGCAGGUCGGUGACGCCGAGGCCGAGCGGCGGGCUAUGCAGCAGCUGGCCUGCGGAGACCAGACGGUGACACCCCGGCAGUCGGUGAACCUGUGGCACCUCAGAGACGCCCUCCAGACCCACCGCGGAGUGAUACCGUGCCACUUGCUGUACAGCCAGCUGCUGGAGCGAGUGUCGGCGCGUAUGAGCCACCCCAGUGCCGAGGAGUUGGAGCAGGAGGAGGUGGCCUCCCAGCUGACCUCGCUGCGGCAUCAGAUGGCCGAGGGCACCCUGGUGAUGUGACAGGUCAGCGCGACUGUCACCCGGGGCUGGGGAGGGGAGGAGGUGCUUCUGUGACGAGGCGGAGCGCUUCUAUCCGGAUAACUGGAGCCGCGGGCCCGCGGGGGUAGAACCGCUGUGUUUCUACCGUCGACCGUGGUGGGGUUGAGGCGCUGUGUCCCUGGUGUGCAGCUAGUACUUACAUGGUGGGACGAGUCGGUCAGGUCACCAUAAGAGAGGCACCUCGUCAGGCACUGCCACCAUGGGAGUGACCAAUGGACGAUGGAAGUGUACAAAAUGAUAUGAUGAACGCUGCUGUCACGUUGUCUGCAUACUGGACGCUAUGUGGUGUUUUGUGAUGUGUCAGCUAAAUGCUGGUCAGAAAUAAUAAUAAUUAUGUCGGUUGAACAAAAA